AUGUCGGCAAAGUCUGGCAAUUCCACAGAACACGUAAAUAAGAAGCCUCGCAUCGACCGCGACUCCUUCGACACCAUGGUCGUGGUGAAGGUUGGCCGGGAUGAGACGGUCUUCAGGAUGCACAAGACCAUCAUCUGCAACGUCUCUCCCUUUUUCAAGGCAGCCUUCGAGGGCAACUUUGUGGAGGCUCAGGAGCAGGUCCUCGAGCUCCUUGACGAGAGUAUCACCAUGUUCAGGCAUUUCCAGUUAUGGGUGUACACAGAUAGCAUCAUCACGAAAGGCGAGACAGCAACAGACAUGACAUGGGUCUCACUAGCUUGUCUUUACAUCUUUGGAGAGAUGUGCGGCAUCCCGGAUUUGCAGAAUAUGGCUAUCGAUGUCCUUAUCGACAAGCAUCAAAUCUUCAGUCAGAUACCCAUCUCAAUCAUCCGCAAGGUCUACGAUGACACACCUGCUACAGCGCCCCUGAGGAGACUACUAGUCGACUUAAUGGCAUGCAAGUUUCCCUUACUACCCGGCAGGCUCGCCGAGUGGAUCAGAGAGCAGAUUCCAAAAGACUUCCUUUUCGAUCUAGCAGUUGCGCUACACGCGUUGAGAAUUGGCAUGAAAGUGGAGAUCAAGGACUUCAAGGCUUGUCGCUCCGAUUACCAUGUCAAGUCACCAGUCUCGCCUCCAGCGCCAACCUCCGGAGGUGCAGCAAGCAAGCCGCUGUAG